AUGGAGUCAGUUCUUAGUUGCAACUGGCGCAGCAUGAUAGUACCGUCAAAUUUUGGGUACGUCGAGGAGCGCAUCUACCGAUGUGGUGCGCCGGAGCCAUGUCACUACGGCUUCUUAGCUUCUCUUAAGUUACGCACCUGUGUGCUCUUGACGGACAGUCAUGACGAGGCAUUUGUUCAGUGGUUGCGCGAAAACAACAUACGCACCGUAUGCCCGCUGCACGAUGAUUCUCACCCAAGUCGCACUUGCGUUGAGAUGAGUGGAGUUGGUCAUCAUAGAGGGAGCAUGACGCUUUCGGAGCCUGUUGUUGUAGGGAUACUGCAUGAGUUGAUUGACCCCAUCAGCUAUCCUCUUUUGCUGACUUGCAGUAUGGGCAGGUACCGCACCGGUAUUGUGUGCGGCUGCCUGCGGAAACUCCAGGGCUGGAACUUGGUUAGCAUAUUGGAGGAGUACAGACGGUAUGCACAAGAUAAGAGCCGCGCCGACAAUGAGGAGUUCAUUGCACUGUUCGACAGGGACCUGGUUAGCACAGAACUUAAGAAUGGCCGGAAACCAACUAUCCUUUUCUAUGAAAACGACUAA